CAUCAAGAUUUGAAUUUUGAAAAUUUUAACUAAUUGUUCUAUAUACCAAAGCAAAUUAAAAAAAAAAAUAGAGUCGAUAUACACGAUAUUCCCUUUCAAUUUUUUUUUUAAUUUUAAAUUUUUUUGAGAAUAAAUUUUUAUUUUUUUUAGUUUGACUAGUUAGUUUUACAAUAUGUGAAAAACAAUGUAAAUUUGUGUUAAAAAUAUACUGUCGCAUUGGGUCGAUAAAAGUAGUCUCAUAAUCAACAUUAAUUAAUAAUACAGAUCACCCUUAAUCACUUUUUAUUUCAUCCUUAUUUUUAAUUGGGCGGAACAAGAAUUUGACUCUUCAAUUUGGAUAUAAAUAAAUCUUCAAAACAGACUCAUUCAGAUUUUCACCUAACUAUUUAGAAACAGCCAAAUAAAGGGUGAGAUUUACCGUUUUGUUUAUUUCAAAGCUCAAAUAUAAAUCUGAAUAAAUUAAACUAAAGUUACCGAAUGACUUUGUCUUGUCUCUGCGUCUACGAUAUGCAAACACAGUUUCUUUUAUCUAAUUGUAAUCAGUCUUCCUAUUAUUUUUAUUUUUUGAGUUGAAAAAGACAUUCUUUUUAGUAGUGCUCACUACUUUAAUUUAUCUUGUUAAUAUAUUUAACUUUAGCACAGCAUUAGUGGGGCAGAUAAGAAAAGUUCCAACCUUUUUUCUGGGUUGAGGUAGGCAGCUGUGAGCCUGUGACCCACUUGUUUUUGCACAUGAGGCGUUCGAUCUUUUGUCUCACUCAAAAUAUACCUCUAGUUUGGAGCUCUUUCUUGAUUUCAAAAAAAAAAAAAAUCAUUCUAAUCGAAUUAUACGUUCUUGUCUGGAAGUUUAAUGGAAUUGUGUCGAUCAAUGCUGAAAUUCAAUGUUUAUUCUUUAGUGCAGGAUAUACAAGAAGAAUGGGGGUGAGUAUAGUAGGAGAAAGAGUGAUUCUGGUGCCAUACAUGAAGGAGCAUGUGCCCAGGUACCAUGUUUGGAUGCAAGACCCUGCCAUCCUCCAAGCCACCGCGUCCGAGCCCCUCACGCUCGAUCAGGAAUACGAGAUGCAGCUUUCGUGGGUUCAAGACCCCCUUAAGCAGACUUUCAUAGUGCUGGACAAAGAAUUAGUGGUUGGAGACUUCAACCAUGGGGAACCCCAUACCGAAGCUAUGGUUGGUGAUGUGAAUAUAUUUAUGAACGAUCUGGAUGAUCCUCAGAUAGCAGAGGUAGAAAUUAUGAUCGCAGAACAAAAAAGUCGCGGCAAAGGGCUAGCAAAAGAGUCAAUCUUGCUGAUGAUAGCAUUUGCAGUCAAGAAUUUUGGCAUCCACAACUUUCGUGCAAAGAUAGGUUUAGCAAAUGAAGCUUCAUUGAACCUAUUCAAAAAGCUGGGUUUCAUGGAGGCUUCUUGCAGUGAGAUCUUCAAAGAGGUUACGCUGGAAUUGCCAGUAACGGAAUCUAAGACGGAGGAACUACAUCAGUUAUUAGCCAAUGCUGCAACUCAUUUUUAACCCUUCAAUAUAUAUCAUUCUUGUGGCAAGAUACAAUGCUUUUUAUAUAUUCAAUAUAGUUUGGAUUCUUAGACUAAAUUGCUACUAAAUACAAUUUCCCUUAUUUUUAUGCAACUCUAUAGUUUAUGUA